AUGCCUGAUGAGCAGCAGCAGCAGCAAACUCAGAGGAGUCCCCAACCUAGUAAUGGCAAUGGCAGCGACGAGCAUGAGAAGCAACAGAAUCAAGCGCUGGAGAAGGCUCGCUCUCUAGUCCUGCUGCUCGCCACUCUCGCGACGGCCAUCACCUACCAAGCAGGCCUGAACCCGCCAGGUGGCCUCUGGCAGAGCGACGGCGGCAGCAUCUACAAGAUCGGUGAUCCGAUCCUUUUGACCACGAAUCCCAGGCGGUACAAGGCGUUCUACUACUGCAACUCCGUCGCCUUUGUUGCCUCCUUGGUUGCCAUUGUGCUGGUUAGGAAGAAGACCCUGCACCACCACAACGCGCUGGAGGCCGCCAUGGUGCUGGACCUGUUCGGCCUCAUCGGUGCCUACGCCGCCGGCAGCUGCCGGGACGUGAGCACGUCCAUCUACGCCAUGGCCCUGGCAGGUGUCGUGCUGGUCUACGUGGUGAUCCAUGUCGUCUUGUUGACGCUGGACCACAAGGACGGCAGCGCGAGCGCGAGAGGGAAUGAUGAAACUUCCCUUGAGGAGAAAAAUGACGCGGAGCUCGUGGAAAAGAGGCGCAAGCGGCUGCUCCUCUUCGCCAUCUUGGCCGCGACCAUCACCUACCAAGCCGGGCUGACACCGCCGGGUGGCUUUCUGGUCCAGGACGAUAGCCAUACCGGGCGACAUGCCGGCGAUCCGGUCCUGCUCAACAACUACCCGCGCCGUUACACGGCUUUCUUCUACUGCAACUCGGUGAGCUUCAUGCUGUCCAUCGCGCUCAUCAUCCUCCUCGUGAACCCCAAUCUGUACCAUCCUGCCAUUCGGAGCAAUGCGCUGUCUGUCUGCACGGCGGCCGGGUUGAUUGGAAUCAUGGGCGGCUACGCCGCCGGCUGCACGCAGCAUCUGAAGACAUCCAUCUAUAUCUUCGCGUUGGCGGCAGUGGUCCUGUCCACUGUGGUCUUGCUGGCUGCAGUGUUCCUUGUGAUCCAUCUGAAAAAACAAGAUGACAAUGCUAACUGCAACAGAAGAGCAGCAAGAGAGGCACCCGGGGAAGAAGAAGAAGAAGCCAGUGCUGUUGCUGCUGAGGUGCCAAAUGCCAUGGGAGCCGAGCACAGAGCUCCUCAAGGAGCCAAAGCUCGCCGUGAAGGAAAGAGGGCACAUGCCAAGCGCAAGUAUCUGAUGCUGCUUGGAAUCCUUGUGGCGAGCGUGACCUACCAGGCCGGCUUGGCGCCGCCGGGCGGGGCAUGGCAGUCCAACGACGGCACUCACACCGCGGGCGACCCGGUGAUGCACGACUACCGGAGGGCCCGGUACCUUGCCUUCUUCUACAGCAACUCCACCUCCUUCGUGGCGUCCGUCAUCGUCAUCGUCCUGCUGCUGCCAGAGCCGCUGCACGAGCACGACAAGUGGUGGUGGCUCUGGCUCGGGGUCAUGAACGCGACGAUCGUGCUGGACCUGCUGGGCCUCCUGAUCGCCUACGCCGCCGGGUCCAGCAGGACGUGGAAGACCUCUGUGUAUGUUUCCGCCCUCGUUCUCGCUGUGCUCGCCUACUUCGCCAUACAUGUGCUGCUGUCAAGCUGGUCACCUGACUACCUGUAG